AUGUCUAAAAUGGUUGGAGAUAGUAGCAUGAGUGAUGUGAAGAAGUUCACUGCUUUAAUUGUAGACGAUAACGUUCUUGUUCGAAAGAUUGAACAAGCUUUUCUUAAUAAGAAAGGAUUUGAAACUAAGUUUGUGGAAAAUGGCAAAGAGGUCGUAAAUAUUUUCAAUGAAGGAAAUUCUUUUGAUGUUGUUAUCAUGGAAAUGAAAUUGCCAGUAAUGGAUGAGAUUCAGGCAACUAAAGAGCUGCGAGCUAUGGGUGUUAAGUGUUUAAUAUUUGGCAUGACAACUUCUGAAGCAAAGUCUGACAUUCAAUCAUUCAUUGAAGCCGGUUUAGAUGAAUGCUUUCCGAAGCCACUGGAUUUUGUAAUGAUUGAUAAGCACUCAAGCGCCUCGAAAAUUGAUACUCAAAACAAAAAUAAUUAAUUAUGUUUAGUAAUUAAACUAUGUU